AUGUUUGGUGUUGAAGCCAGGGGUGGUCUUCCCACCCAACUCUCUCGGUCAUUCGUUUCCAAGCAUUCUUUUUCUGGUCCGACUUACUUUUCCACAUCCACUUGCAGGCCCAGGAAGGAAGGUGAUAUAUCAUCAGUUUUUGUGUCUUUGUCCAGCAAAGAGGAAGCAGCGCCUCUUGAUGAGCGCUUCGCAGCGCAAAAGAAGAGGCUACUCUUAGAGCGAGGCGGCGAGAUAAAAAAAAGUUGGGACCGCUUACUCAACAAGCUAAAAGAGGAAGUUGGUACUAUCGAGAGACAUGGUCCGAAUAUUGUCCCCAGUAUCGACUUCAAAGACAUCCAUGUCGCCCCUGAAGAAUUCCAGCGAGAGCUUCGGAAGCGCGGUGUUGCUGUGGUACGUGGUGUGAUCCCGGAGAAUGAAGCGAGAGGUUACAAGGAAGCCAUCGAAGCCUAUUCUCGGGCGAAUCCGGGAACAAAAGCUUUCCCACCCAAUGACCCCCAGGUUUUUGAGCUUUACUGGUCAAAGCCACAGAUGCAAGCGCGAUUCCAUUCCAAUAUGCUCGAGACUCAGCGGUUUCUCAUGAGCUUCUGGCAUUCCCCGGACCCGGGUGCUUUGAUAUCACCACAACAUCCGUUGAGCUAUGCCGAUCGCCUACGCAUUCGUCAACCUGGCGAUAGUGGGUUUGCAUUAGGGCCCCAUAUUGAUGGUGGAAGCUGCGAGCGCUGGGAGGAGAAUGGAUAUGGGCUGGGAGACGUCUACAAACCGAUCUUUGAGGGCCGAUGGGAAGAGUACGAUCCCUGGGAGGCUAGCAGCCGGGUGCCUGCCGUUGCCGAUCUCUAUAAUGGGGCUGGAGCUUGCUCUAUGUUCCGAAUGUUCCAAGGAUGGUUGGGCUUGUCUCAUACCGGGCCCAAUGAGGGAACCCUACUUGUGAACCCUCUUUUGUCUAUGGCCACUGCCUACACUCUCCUGCGCCCCUUCUUCCGCCCUGUCACGGCCCAUCCCGGAGAGCACUCUUCCCGAAUCGCCACCGAGACGUUUUUGGAGUCUUCUAACUGGCAAUUGGAGGCCGAGCCUACCAGUAAGCUUGAGGGUGCGACUCCGGGGUAUUCUCAGGAGCUGAACUCGGUACUUCAUCCACAUUUGCAGCUUAAAAAAACCAUGGUUCAUGUGCCCAAGAUUGCCCCUGGCGACUACGUGGCUUGGCAUUGUGACGCAAUUCAUGCCGUCGAUAAGGUACACCAAGGUACGGGAGACUCCAGUGUGAUGUACAUUCCUGCUUGCCCCGUUACAGCCGCGAAUGUCGAAUACGUCAAGCGUCAGAAAUUAGAUUUCCUGGACGGUGUUCCUCCGCCUGACUUCCCUGGGGGUGUUGGUGAAAGUGAACAUACAGGCCGUGCCACGCUGGAGGAUCUCCAAUCCAGUACAACCAAUGAAGGAAUGCGUGCGUUUGGCCUGGGCAAGUGGAAUUUGGAAGAGGACAAUCUCCUACCUGGACAACGACGUGUUCUCAAGAUAGCAAAUGAGAUCCUAGGAUGCUGA